AUGGCUAAGUGGCUAACAGACGUGCAAUGUCUACAGUGUGGAUACGUUGGACAGAGGGAUAAUUCAUGUCCCGACAGGACACUUUUGAACACAGGUAGCAAACCAGAUAAAGCAAAACCAGAGAUAAUGAGAGAGACUACAGAACUCAAAGCAGGCCCUACAUGCAGGCAGAAAUCCACAAGCCCUCUUCAGGAAUCCAAGGUGAGGCUACUGGCCAAGCAGAAGGUCCAGGAAGUGGGAAAAUUGGUGAAAAAUGCCCUUUCUAAUAUCCUUUCCUUUAAGGACAAGGCUUUGAGGUUGAAAAUCAGUAAUUCCCACAUCCUGGAUGUCACAGCCGAACUGAGUUCUGAUGGCAAAGGCCUUAACCUGACUCCUAUCACCACUAACAUCACCCUGAUCCUGCCUCUCAUUGGUAAGGUGGUCAACCUGAAAGCUUUCUUGGACCUCCUGACUUUGGUCCAGGGAGAGUGCACCAGCGACCCAGCCAACACCUCGCUCACCUUGUGGCAGCACAAUGUGCUGAUCAACAACCUUGCAGACACUUUGACCAGCUUCCUGAGCAAGACUGUGUCCUUCCUGGUACAGAAGCAGAUAUGCCAUCCAUCUGCAUUUUCAUUUCCACGCUGGCUGUGGAUUUUAUUCAGAACACCAUCAAUAAACUUUAACAAAGAAUCAUCUACAUUAUUUUUUAAGUAA